AUGUCUUCUAUUUCAAAAGAAGUUACUCUGAACCCGAAAUGUUUUGAUCACAAUCAACUUUCAUGUAUAUUUGACGAUUCAACUAUUGCGCACUUUAAAAGACAUAUGAGGGUAGGUGUAAGAGACUUUUCUGGACGAUGUUUCGUAUUGCAAUAGUCUUUAAAAAUGAUUUUUUUACAAAAUGUGUUAACUAUUUUAAUAAAAAUUUUUUUUUGUUAACUUUCCUAUAAAAACCUUAUUUUUGAUUAAAAGUCACUAAAAUAAAUCUGUUUGUGAAAAAUAUGUUAGUACCACUGAUUUUAAUGAUUAUGAGUCAUUUUUAGGGUGCCAAUCUUAAUGUUCAACAGAUUUUGGAAGAUGAAGAGGUAAGCAUUCUUUUCUUUUUUAGUUUUAUAUGCUUAGAAAGAUUUACCAUGGUAUUUGGGAGGAGAUGAAGAUGUUAUACCGCCUAUCAAUUUUAACAACGGCCCCGGCUUAAUGGAGUUGGAUCAAAUUGAAAUGAAAAUGUAAGAGGCAGAUUUAGACAUGUUUUGACGACUAAAAGACGAAGAAGAGGGUUGGAUAAUAGAUUUUAGACUUUUUCAAGGUGUAGUGCUUAAUUUUUAUGAAUUGCAACUUUUGUGAAUUCAAAGCAAUACCUGCUUGAAGUAAUGAACAAGCAAUGUACAAUAAUCUUUAGUAUUUUAGGACAAAAAAUUUAAAAUUGGACUUUUAUACCUUAAAAGAUGACGAUAAUACUUUGAAGUUUAAGGAUAACCUUCAAAAAGCUUUCUACAUUCCUCAAGGCUUUCUAAUAGUAAGUUUUGCCUUUUUUGACACAUAAAAUUAAUAUUUUAGGUAAGAUGUAAGGUUUUACUAUUAAAAAAUAAUAUUUUUAUUUUAGGACCGUAUGUACUACGACUGUACAUGUGGCAAGAUCGUAGGCAGAGAUUCCGGUUUUGUUUUGCAUUACAUGGUCAACUACUGCGUUCAUUUACUAUCGGAGCACAAAAAGGAGAAGCAGCUGGUUGUGAAGGCUAGCAAAAACUUGAAACAGCUUUUGAAGGCCGUGGAAGUUGGUCGCAAAGUCAAAAGAGAAUUGGUGUAGGUUUUUACGUUAUCUGUUGACUUUUAGGACGAAGGAAUUAAUUGGAUUUGACACAAUGGAUUUUGACAGGCUUAAAAUUUUAUAUUACAAAAUCGAAAGAACUAAUGGAUUUUGACAAGGCUUAAAAUUUCGUUUAACAAUGCCAAGAAACUAACUGAUUCAAACUCAAAUUAAUAUUUUAGAUUGGAUUUCUUGCCUGGCUACACGUUUUCUUGUUUGUUAUUUGCUAAAGGAGGUCUAAAGACGUAUAUCUGUUCGGAAUGUCAGUUUGUCAUCUUUAAUGUGGAACGUUUCUGGUCACAUUGUCUUGGAGCUCAUGGUGUUAAGUAUGUUUUUAGUCACUGUUUUUAGUGUUUUAGUUAAUUUUUGAGCUAAAUAUGGUCUAAAGGUGAUAACUUUUGUUUAAAAAUGAUAAUCUUGAGAUAAAGAGUAUAGAAAUAUAUAUCAUAAAGUUUAACCAAAAAUUGUGCAGAAAUUUUAAAUGUAAUUGUUUUAGAGAUUACACCAAAAUAACUUGUGUGGAUACGAAAAGAAUCCAUGGAAAUGUGGCAACAACCGUUCAGAAAAUGGCGACCCCGUUACUGAUCGUACGUGAUCAAGCUUCUGAUAUGUAUAAAUGGUACGUUAAAGAUAUUUAGAAAGCCGUAAUUCAAAAGUGGCACUAGUAUAACAAACUACUAAAUUCAAGUUUAAAAAUUUUUUUUUUUUUAAAUGUGGUUGUAGGGGAUGCUCACAUUGUGAUUUGUUGAUAGAAAAGAAGAACAAGAUUCCAUUGAUCAUCAACGCUUAUAUUCAUUUGUAAGUUAACGAAUAUUGAAAAAAUCCUUGUCCCAUCCUCCUUCCUAUACUCUAAACACCAUAACUGAGAAAGAUCUCCUCUUUUCUACUAAAAGUGCCAUACCCCAGAACCCUAUAGCGACGUCCCUGCCCCAAAAAGGUCCUACUCUCUCCCCUUUUUUUCGUUGCUCUACUCGGAAAAAUCCACUACGCUUUCCUUACUUUUCCAAAUUGGUCGGGGUAGUCGAUACUCAUGACAACUAUGAUACCUUUAAAACUACAAUUUACAGGUGUGUCUCCGAUUGUGCGGUCACAAAGUUUUGGCUGAAAAACCGCAAACCGGUCUUUAAAAAUAUUGAAGCUGCCAAAGCGUCUGUCAUCGAGGAAGCCAGUAAAAACUGUGGGAAAGUGUAAGUUUCUACAUCUGCCCCGAUCCUAAUUUAAAGGGGAGCAACUUUUUACAAUGGUAAAAUACGUCAAUUUUGCUUUUUACUUUAUAAAGCUCGCGGAAGUUAAAAUCACCAUUUCAGUGCACUGUCAUUCUUGAAAAGACUCAAUUAUUUUGAUGUGGCCACGCUGAUACGAACCCUCAGCUAUGACAAGAAGUUCGGUGUUCAAGACCUGAAAGAUGUUGACUGGUCUUGCAUCACAGUCUGUCCAUUUUGCUUGACCUUACCUUCAAAAACGAAAAAACACUUUAAAAAAUGGUAAGUACUUUAAUAUAGCAACAGAAAUCGUAAAUAAUGUUAGGAUUGGGCGGGUCAUUUUUCAUUCCUGGGGUCAUUAGUGGGGUGGCUGAAUUUUUUUUUCGUUUACAUGGAUAAUAUUGGUUUUACAAGGAAUGCUAUGUACUAGGUUCCUCAGAUAAUUAGGUGCCUCGUCUCAAAGAAAAUUUUCCGGAUUUGGAGCACAAAAUUAGUUGAACAACCUAAGAUUAUCAAAAUUAGUACUAAUUUGCUAUUUAGUAUUAUAUACUGGUACCAUUAAGACCAAAAAUGGCAGUUAGUAAUAGUUGGAAGGAAAAUAUGGCUUUGAGUACUGUUAUAUAGUAAAGAGUACUAUAGUAUGAUAAAUAAGAUGAUAAUUAGUACUGCUAUGCUUUAGAAAGAAACGUUGAGAUCACAGUACAUAUUCAAAGCAUAGAGUUAAACUGAGUAAGCCUAAUAACAUACUAAACAUACUUUUAAAAAAUGAAUUUUUCUGUUAAUUUUUUACUCAUUUAAGCCCAUCUAUGCCAAUCGAAGUUGAACUGGUCAUGAAUAAAUAG